CGGCGGCGGGGAGCGGCGGGGCCGGCACGGGCACAGCGGCGGCGGCGCCAUGAGGCCCGGGCAGGGGCACCGAGAUGUGCAGAGGAGUGAAUGCCCCAUGUUGUGUUAGUGCCUGUCUGCCAUGCUGGCCUGUCUGCCAGGACCAGGUGACCUCUCCUUUCAGCUUCUUUCUUACACGCAGAUGAACACUGGACUUCAGAAAUGGGACACUACACAGAAAAUGAGAUCUGCACAGUAUCCUACCCCAGCAGAAUUGGAUGCCUAUGCUAAGAAGGUCGCCAACAAUCCACUGACUAUAAAGAUUUUUCCAAACAGUGUCAAGGUUCCCCAGAGGAAACACAUACGCCGUACUGUGAACGGACUUGAUACUUCGGGCCAGAGGUACAGUCCUUACCCGUCUCAGGCCACCACGAAAACGGGCCUCCUGGCCAUAGUCAAAUCUCCAGCGAAAGGAAUUAUCAAGGACUUUGACGGGACACGCACACGUCUGCUGCCGGAAGCGAUGAUGAAUCCCCCUUCCACCCCCUACGUUGCACCUAGCACUUUAACCCACCCCCAGGCGCUUGCUCGCCAGCAGGCUCUCCAGCAUGCACAGACUUUGCCGCACCCCCAGAGCAUCCCGCAGCCACAGACUUUGCAGCACCCUCAGGGUAUACCACAGCCACAAAGCUUACCGCACCCUCAGGGGAUACCGCAGCCGCAGGCGCUGCCGCACCCUCAGAAUAUGCAGCAGCCGCAGGGCUUGCAGCAUCCUCAGCCCAUGGCACACCAGACUCUGCAGCACCCCCCGAACCCUUUGCUGCAGCCGGGUUUACAUGGAAGCAGAAAGAUGCCGGAUGCAGACGCGCCGCCGAAUGUGACCGUGUCUACCUCAACCAUUCCCCUCUCUAUGGCUGCCACCCUGCAGCAGAACCAGCCACCGGACCUGAGCAGCAUCGUGCACCAGAUCAACCAGUUCUGCCAGGCCAGAGCUGGCAUUAGCACUACCUCAGUCUGUGAGGGACAGAUCGCCAACCCCAGCCCCAUAAGUCGCAACCUGCUUAUCAAUGCAAGUACCAGGGUAUCUACUCACAAUGUCCCUACGCCCAUGCCUUCCUGUGUAGUAAACCCUGUAGACCAUGCUGCUGCUGCUAUUCCUUCUGCCUCCGUUAACGUGCCCAUGGUGAAUAUUAACAGGGUGCCGCCUGCGUACCAGAACGAAAUCAAAUCGGUCGCGUGGAACCAGCACCAGCUUGCACAUCUGCAGCAAAUGUGCGGGGACGCUGCUGGGCCCGCUGGACUCGCGGGGAAGCACCCUCAGAGAGAGAUGGCGGGGCAGAGCUUCCCCGGCAAAACGUCCAGCUACCCUCAAGAACUGUGCAUGGGCCAGUCGUUCAGCUUGAAGCCCCCCCUCGAGAAGCCCACGCCCUCUCCGCCUGUGAACGGCCUGCAGGGACCCUUGCCGUACACCAACGGGCACUAUUUCCAGCCCAUGUGGAACAACAUCCUGCCCACGCCCAACAGCGACAGCUCCGGGUCCCAGGACCUCGCCAUGCCUUUCCACGGGGGACAGCCGGCAGGAGCGCCGCUAGAUUGUGCGGGAGGAACUCAUUACAGAGCUGGAGCUGGUCCAUCCAGCCAGAAUAAUGUGAUGCAGACCAUGGAUUACCUAAGCGGGGACUUCCAGCAGUCUUGCUUCAGAGAUCAGAGCAUGGCCGUGCUGGGAAAAGUCCAUCGGCCCCCCAUGAACCGAGCACCUGAACCAACCGAUAGUCGAAAUCUUCAUAUUCAACACCCAGGGUAUAGAUAGGCUGCAGUCACUUUCACAGACAGAAUUAGAGGUUUAGUCUUAAUUUUAAUUAAUAAGCAAGGCAUUUUUAACUUGCAAACUUGUGUGAUCAUUAUAGUAACCGUUGGAAGAAGACAUACUGUAUAUUUAAAAGCUUUGCUUACAUGUUAUCUCUCUCUCCUUUAUGCAUCAAAUAUUUAACAUGCCUUUUGUUUCAAAGAAUUUCAUUACACUACUUCACGCCACAGCUGUUUCCUCACCGCAGAAUCCCCUUUGUGCUGCUUUUGCCUUCUGCUUAGUAACUACGUGCUGGACUGAUGUUGAGUUGCUGCAGGGUUUCACAGUUGCAUCUGUUCGCCAGCUCCUUGAAGAGCCAGGUAGUGUAGCCGCUUAAAUUUCCAUCUCAAUUUCCUCUGAAGAUUAAGAGCAACAGAAUUUGUCAGGAAGCAGGGCUUAUUUUCAGCUCGAAAGCCCAUUUCAUUAAUGCAUUAAACAUUGACCAUUUGCACUGUCUAGAGGCCUAUUUAAUUGAAAAAGAAGCCUACGUUUGAAAAGAGCUAGCUAGGGGUACGUAUUUAGGCAUUAAUAUAGGAAGAAGCUUUCCAGCCAUUUCUUGCGGAGAUGCCGGCGUUUAUCGUUUAGACUUUGUCCAAAGUCAAAAGUCUCCGACAGAUUUUUUUUUUUUUUCCGACGCUUUUUUUUUUGUGGACAGGGUGUGGGGAGGGGGAUUGGCGGUUUUAGGGCCCAGGCAGCCUGGCUGCCGUCUGUAGCUGCCUUUUUCUGCAUCACAUUUCCCUUCCCCGCUCCUCUUUCACCAGCUAACAUCGUCUGAACCCCUCGCUGCUAGGAGUCUGGCUGUCCCCAGGCGAUGGGCUGCGCUGCGGCUCGCCUCGGGGAAUCCAGACCCACUGACAACCCCAAAAAGGGUUCAGCCGCUUUCUCCGGUAGCUAGAAUGAAUUUCAGGGCGAGGAGACGUAACUCCAGCUUGUCUCCGGUGCGAUGAACGGAGGCGCGGAGCCACGUUCUCAAUGUUCUCACAUUCCAGCAGCGGUUCUGGUGGAACGGGAGGCGGUGGAUCCGAAGCGAAGCUCCGGCCACGAGACACCGGGGGACUUUAGAGUCCCGUAUCCUACAGCAAAACGCCCCAGCUGAUUUAAUGGAAUGAUUCUCCUCUCUGGGAAUUAGCGGAGCUAUUAAUAACGUACCUUCUUCCCAGAGUCUCGGUGCCUAACUACUUCUGUUCCUUCCCCAAGUCACUCGCAGCAGCUAGUCGAGUCAGUGACCGGUAGGACACUAACUAUUGGUAACCUCAGCGUCUUGUUCUCUUCCGUGUCUUGAAACAUAACCUUUCCUUUUUGAGAGCCGAAUUUGUUGUAAGUAGAAAAUUCCUCAUCUCUGUCAACGAGGCUAAUACUUGAAAAUAAUGAUCACAAUCAAGUUUGGAAAUUAAAAAAAAUAAAUAAAUAAAUGCAUUGAUUCUUUAUAUGUACACUGGCUAAAAAAAAAGAAAAAAACUAUUGCUCUACACUGUAACUUUUAAGUGUAAUAUUUCUGUAUGAAUGUCGCCUGGUAGUGUGGGUUUGAGUAGCAUUGUGUAUGGGUGAACCCACUGGCCUCUGCCAUCCACUGGCCUCCCUCACAGCCCUUUGAAAAACAAAGCCUUAAGUAUUUGCUCCUUGAACUUUCCUUAACGAGCAUGGUUUAAAAUCUUAAGACAUCAUACAAAAUUAAAAAAAAAAAAAAACACAAAAAAAAAAAACUUACAAGUUUUGAAGUGACGUCAUAGUUGGCUAGAGAUUCUUAAAGUUUUUUCGUAAAUGGAAAAAUUAGAAAACAUUUAUUUGUAUUUUUUUAAUUUAGAUGUGUAGUCCUGGGCUGUAACAAAUAUUUAGGUUUCAAAGCUUAGCAGAGUACGUUUUCUGACUCCUUGCGUAAGUUAGUACACUUAUGUCAUUAUUUAAAUUCCUUUAAGUGUACUAUAAGCCGUUCUUUAGUGAUAACUCUUUAGCAAAGUUAAGCAAUUUGACUAAAGACGGAUUAAAUUAUGUGUUGGCUUGUGUUGCCUUAUAUUUAAAAAGGAAAAAUUGCCUGAUUGUGUUAUGCCAAAUGAUAGCAACAUGAAGUCCUAAUUUAUUGUUUAUAAUCGUAUUCCUGCAGUCUUUGUGAAAACUGGUAAAUAUACAUCUAUGAAAGAACUAAAAUCCUGAGGCUUUUCAUGCAAUAUUUUUCUGAAUACAUUAUAUUGGAAGCCAAGGUUCGAGUCUGAAGCUGCUUCCCUUACAGUCUCCCUGUCGUCUCCCCUCUCCCGCUCCCCCAAAUCGAUCUAGGGCUGUGCUAUGACUUUAACAUUUCCUGCUAAGUUAGUUACUGUAAGGUGUUCUGCUACCUGAAUACGUACCUUUUUACUAAAUAAAAUAUUGGCAUCUCCUCUCUUCGUUAGCCUGCUACAA